UAGAGAUAUUACGGUGUGACUGCAGUGCUGAGGUCUCGGGUUCGAUCAACGGUAUAUUGGGUUUCUCUACUCAACAUCAGCCCGAAGUCUAAAAUUUGUCACAGAUAAGACGAUAGGCUCGCUCCCAACGUGGGAUGGAAUACGCACAGCGGAAAGUGGGUGCACCACUUGCGCUUCUGCCUAUCUCUUCGGGAGUAUGAGGUGUGAGUGUGUGCGUAUAUAUCGAGGUAUCUCAUGCAUGUUUUACACAAGACAGGGACUGUAUCUAGCAUGCAGUUUUCGCUUUCAUCUGUUUAUAUAAACUGUGAUUAAAAAGCCUCAAGUAUAAACAAGUUAACGAGAGAUUUGUUAAAAUGCUCGAUUCUUGCAUGCGAAACAAAUUAUUGUAAAAAUUAGAACAACUAAAACACAUCUAAAAAUAAUAAUUUCAUUUACAAAAAUCCUACAAAAAGCAAAUAUUUGAAAACAAAUGUGGUUGUCAUAUUAUUUAUUUCAUUAUAUAUAUUGAAAUAAAACAAUGUGAAUAACAAACACGUUUGAGACCUGAAAUACCAACCGUACUCUACUUAAAAGUAGACAUGAGUUAAUUUGCAGUGUUAUAAGGUGUAGAAUGGAAUCGAUAAAGUGAAUUAUAAUCAUCGUAAAGAUGUCGGACAGUGUAGAAGAUUUGGCUCGAAUUUACAAGAAGAAUGUCAGCAACGAUCGACACCCGCGCAGCGUUGGGUUGUUCACGAUCCCCGAGUACCCGGAGUACGAGUCGAGGCCCGGCAUGUGGUCUGCGGCGCUGGACGCCAUCUUGACGACGCUGCGCUACCUCGCGCCCGCCACGCUCCUCACCCUCUUCUGGGGCCAGCAAAGCUUCUUGUUCAAGAUACUUAAGCACAUCGACUCCGCUUUUAGAGCGAUCGUAUUUUCAAGCGAAGAGCAGAAGCAAGCGGUGUUGCUAUGGCUCGCAGAAGCAGGACCAGUGAGGGUCGAGCAUCUAGACACGGUGUGGAAACACGGCUGGAUAUUAUGCGGAGUGCUGGACGCAGCCCUGCCCGGUUCCUGUGCCGGGCACCCCCCCACAAGGCUGUCCUUGAAACACGCCCAAGCGAUCGCUGAUCAUUAUCUUGGUGUUGAACCUGUCUUCUCCCGCCAAGAGCUGGAGUCAAAUGACUCACUAAGUAAACACCAAGAGUGGAAACUGGCGACCUACCUAGAACGCAUCCGUGAAGCUCUAGCGAAAUUAACACCCCCAGUCUCCAAGGUCACGCCACAAAAAACAUCUCCAGAAACCACCCAAUUCACCCUUGACUAUGUAGCUAAAGGAUCAGGGCUAACAGCCGCUCAGAUAAACAACAAAAUGUACUUCAAAAUCUACCCUACUUCGCAGCAAUCCUUGGACCCUGGUGAAAUAACUAUACUAAUUAGAGGCCCCAAAGAUACUUAUGGUAUGACAGUUUUGCCUCCUUUGUUGGGAAAAACCCAAUUAAUACGACAAAAAAUGCUAGGAUUGCAAUCGCAGAGUUUUACAGAAAAUGUAUUACCAAUUACGCAGGGAGCGACAUAUUUGAGGUCAUACGGAAAAAACGACAUGAACAAAACCUAUUAUAUACCGAAAACUAAAUAUGAUAUAGAUAUAAAUGUAGAAACGAAAUCAGACCACAUGAAAGUAAGUUACGAAGUGAAUUUAGAAGGAAAAUAUGAAAUAUUCAUAACAAGCCGAGGACAGAAUAUUGUCGGAUCGCCAUUUAUGGUAACAGCAUCCCACAAUAUACUCGGAUUAUUAGAAAGAGAUAGUUUUUGUCUCGAAGAUGGUGAAGAAAUUGGCAUAGUUGAUGUUGAGAAUGACAGAAAAGUCGUAUUAAGAAUAGUUGAUUUUGUAACAGAAAAAAUGUUGCUUCAAGAGAAUGGAUCACUCGAAAAAAUAAGUGACGAAGAAGCAAAUCGUUUAAUGGGUACUGACUCUUUAAAUAAAACCAUCUUUAAACCAAGCGAAAUUCCAGAACCUUUAUCAAAGGAAGAACAUAGUAGAGAUAAACCUAAGAAAUUUAAUAAAGCAGCAAACAAAAUUAUAAAGAUGAAAAGAGUUUGCAAAAUAAUGAAUGAUCUAGUAAAACAAUCGCAAAUAGAGCAAGAUGCUAGUUAUAUGCAGGCUAAAACUCAGCAAUAUAUUCCUGACAUAGUAAAUUCAACAUUUAGCGACAUCAAUACGAAUCCUUUUAUAAUGAACGAGAAACGAAAUAAGUACAUUGUCCCAGAAAGCAUUUCUGUAUCUUUAAGAACAGAGAAAUCUAUACCAUUCAUCGAAGAAAUGAGUCAGGAGAGCAUUGAAUCCAUUAGAUCUGUGGCAAGCUAUGAAUCAGAGAGUAAUAAAAAUACUCCAGACAGUUUAGAAACAAGUAACACGUCGCAGGAAGACUUAAUGGAAGAUGACAUUUCCAUUGAUAGAAUGACACCUUUAAGCGGUAACAAUCCAUUCCUAAGUGACAUUAGUGAAGAAAACUUUAUAAAAGAAAAGGAUUUAGGUACAUUUGUAACUUCUGAAUACGAGACAAAUAACUCACAGAAUGAAGAAACUGAGAAUUCUUCUAUAAAAAUUAUGAUUGAUACACAUUGCACUCCACCUGUUUCACCAAAUAAUCCUUUCAUUGACGAAGAUGUCAGAGACAUUGUAAGACCAAAAACGCCAGUAUUCAAAACAAUUCUAGAACAAUCACAAAGUCUAGACGAAACUGUUCAUCCAAAAUACGAACUCAUUCCUGAAGAGAUGUUAGGAAAUGAAUUUGUAAAUCCUUUCUUUACACAUCAUCAUCAUCAACCACACGAACAAUUGCCAAUUACCGAUUUCAUCAUCGGUGCUCCUGUUUCUUUACCGCCAAUAUUAAGGGCUUCUUCACCAGAGCCUCAAAUGAGAUCUUUAAUAAUAACUCGGAACGAAAAAUCUGACAGCUUCAAAACCAAGGAGCAGAGAGCAAGAAAUAAUGCAAAAGUAGCUGAAGUAUCACCAUCAGUACAUAAAAUAUCAUUCGAACCAAGUUUAGAAUCACGUAAAGAAUCUUCUAAAACAAUAUCUUCAGUGUCCCCAACAUUCCAAAGCUUUGAAUCAAACCUAACUGAACAUAUAGAAACAUCAACAACUUCGUCAGUGAGCGAUGGGAAUUAUGAGCUAUAUAAAAUUGAAAGCAUUCAAGAAAGAAAUUUAACACCAAGAAAAGAGACAUGGGAUUCCGCCUAUGUAAGUAUAGACGAUACUAAUAAUUCGCCCGAUAAUAAUAAUAAUGAAAAUACAGCCGUAUUUGAUACAAGCAAUAAACAGAAAGUUUCUCCUAGUGAGCAAUUUACUGGAUUCAAACAAGACGAACUAAACAACAUGGGCCCAGCUGAAAGAGAAAUAUGGCAAAUAUGUAAUGAAUUAAAUGAACCAAAGGCGCACGAAGAUAUCAAACCACAUAAGAUGGAAGUUAAACGGCCAUCAUUCACACCGAUUCUCGAAGAGACUGAUAAAAUUAUUUUGUCAGGAACCAAAGAUAUAAUAGGGUUUGAAAAGGAUCACGUAUCUGAUCCAGUAACAGUGGCAUUUACUGAACUCAAUAACAUGUACACAGAGUACUUUCCUGGUUCAGAGACCGAAUCUACAACCGUCGCUAGCGAAGACAAUAAGCUCCACAGCAUGGAAUUAGAUUAUACGGUCGAUGAUAACAAAAUCAGUGUCGAUUCGGCGUCUGAGAAACUGUCAGACGUGAAAAGACACGUGGACCAAAUAGAAGGAACGAUUUCUGAGGUUCAGUCAAAUGUCGCUGAAUCUGUUUCAGUAAGUCAGACCCUUCAAGAUGACAGAACACAGUCUCAUGAAUAUCCAUUGCAAAAUAAAGACGAAACUCAAUUUGGUGACAGCAGCAAGAGUAAUAUAGUACUAGAAAGAAAGAAAUAUUGGGAUGAAAAAAUACGCCAAAUAGAAGCGAAAUCACAAGAAACUUCGAUUGUUCACAAGAAAAAACGUGUAACGGCUAAGCAAAUGAAACACGACUCUCUAAGUAAAAGAAAAGGUAAACAAAUGAUCAAAAAUUUCUUAAACGCAGGUGGCUAUCAGAAUAUUGUCUCACAAACAUCCGAUGAGAAACAAAAGGAGGGUCUACAACCUGAACCGACUAUACAAAAAUUGACAGAACUUCAAUCAACAGACAAUAUUCCGAGCGAUGAAAAACUUGUAGAAAAGUGGAAGAAGUAUUGGGAUGAUAAAUUAGAAAAAGAACACAUCGAAAUUGAAGCACCAUGUUUGAAAUCUAGGACGCCAACAUCAAAAGAACACUCUGUCUCACCGAAACAGAUCAUCUCAAGUGAAACGACUAAGGCAAGUCUAAAUAUGCCUACAAUGAUUACUUCUGACGUGACCGUCACAGCUUUAGAAGGCCCAAAUGACGAUGAUCCUUCUAGUCCAGUUAAACAAGAAUUACCUGAAGAACUUUUCAAAGCCUUUGAAACUAGUCCCAAACGAUUCUUUGGAACAUCAAGGAAACAAAUUUUAAACAAAAUAGAUAGUUUUACAGGGAGAUCCACUAGCUCAGAAGAGUCAUCACCUGAGGUGAGUGAAGUCAGUUAUGACACCGGAUUGGUAUCUAGUCGAAUAUCUUUAUUCCAUAAUUUAUCUCACACAGAGGAAUUACCAUGGGCAAGACGAAAAUCAAAAUCAAUGCAGAAUAUUUAUCAAAGAAAAUCAAACGAUAAAUAUGAUGCUAGCCCCGACAUAAAAUUAUCCGUAUCACAAGAAAAUGAAAAUGUGGGAAUUAUAAGUGAACAAAAUAUAAUAUCUAAAACAAAAGGGACUAUUGAAAAAGCUUCAGAACAAGAAAGUAACAUCACAUUAAAAGAAAAAAGGGCAAGAAUACUAAACCAAACGUGUAACUUUAGUAUUGAUGAUGUCUCAAUUGAUGAAACACCCUCAGAAUUCGAUAUUGUCAAUGAAAGUAGCUACAUUACAAAGAGUGAAGUUCUUCGUAGAAAAUCUUUUAGCAAAUCUGAAAUGGAUAUAUUCAACAAAAUUCCGAAUGAGCUAAAUGAUGACUACUUGGACAAAUAUAAAUCAUGCGAUGAACUUCCUAAAAUUAAUGUAAAGAAUUUCAUUUCGCUAUACGAAAGUGUAUCCAAAACUGCUAUAGAUCCAAAACCGCCUAAACAAGUUUAUAGAACAAGUUCUGUAGAUUCAGAUAAACUUCUGCAGAACAUCAGUAAGACGAGAGAUGCUGUUAAGGAACACGAUGAAACUGAACACAGAACUAAAGAAAUUAAAACACCUGUUAGCAGUGCAUCGAAUAAAUUAGAAACUCCAAGAACUUCUCCAAAAAAAAUUGUAUCAUACAAAAGCGUAGACACCGUAGAUAGUGGAAGCAUCGAUAAAUCAGAAACUGAAUCUCUAGACAUAAAAGUAACGAAGGAUCAAGGCAAAGAAACAACAUACAUAAGCCUUUCCGACAUAGAAUUGGAAAUCGUUGAAAGCAGUCCAGAUAAAACAAGCGAGUCUUCACCAGAAAGAGUGACUGUAGCUGAACAUGUAGAGUAUAAGAAUCGAUUUAAAAUGGCCAAACAAUACUUCCAGUCACUAGAAGAACUAAGGGAAGUACGAAAGCCAAGGAAGUUGAAUGAAUGUGAAAUGCUGUUAAAACAAUCAAGUGAAUCUCCUGAAAACGAAGCUGAGUUCGAAAACUCCCGACCGCGACGAAAGAAAAAACUGAAGUCCCAUUCAAUGCCAUCGUCGGAAAUAUCAAAGGUAUGGAGCCAAUUACAAGACAAUCAACAGAGUGAAAGUGAAGCAGGCUCGUCGAAAUUAGUGAAAAUAUCGGAAAAAUUCAAUGUGGAUGAUUUGUUUUCAGACGUGAUGGAAGGGAAAUUAAGUCGGCAAGGGAGUCUUAGAGGGAUUCCGCAUAAGAAAGCUGUUCUCGAAGCCUUCAGAUCAAUGGAAAAUAUAGCAAACCAAAUUAAUUCUUACGAAAUAACAGACACGCAACUGAAAGACUUUGCCAACGAAAAUAGAAGUAAAAGCGCCCAGACGUAUUUGAGUGAAUAUCCGUACCUUCCAACUACAGAUCCAUCCAAAUAUCAAUCCAGGUUAGAUGUUAAAGCUUCCGGUUUGAUUUCAUUCAAAGAGUUAUUGGGGAAGAGGCCCAGAAGAAACAGCGUUCCCGAUUUGAGGCUAAAUCCUAAGUUUGAAGUGAACCUUUAGAUUUAAUUAUAUGUUAUACGCCAUUACAGAAAAUAAUUAUUAGCUUUCUUCUUCUCCUAGACAUAAACAUUGAUAUUGUUUUAACAGUUGAAAACAUUGUCACGUUCUCUUUUACGCUGCAGCCAAACUAAAAUUGUUAUCAACGCAAAAUAUCGCUGACUAAUGAGUAAAAUAUUACCAAAAUUAUCGAAGAGGCUAUAUUAAGAUAUGUCUUUUGCUGUUACAAAAUGUUUUAUGUCAAUGAAUGCAGUAUAGCCUGACCAGAGAAAUAAAAAACGCGCCAUGUUCUGAUAAAAUAUUGAAAUUGACACUGACAACAUUAACUACGAAACGAAAACGCAAAAGUGUCCCCAGGGGUAGAUUUUUAUUUUCCUGGUCAAGUUGUAAAAUUAUGCGUCAUUUAAUGCGAUAAUUAAUGUCAUUAGAAAUUAGUGUGGUCCUAGCGUAAGAUUGUACAUAACGAGUGACAAAAAUCAUUCAUAUCGUAUCAAAUGUUUAUGUAUUAGGCGAAAUAUAAUAUUUUUUUAGUAUAUACGAAGGAAUGACAGUAUUUUAUAGUACCUUAACACUAGGCAAUACUCAAGGGUUUUUCGCUAAGUCUAGAUGCUAGGUCUCAUUUCAUCAUGUCAUUUUGUUGUACUUAGUCAAUAUAUGUAGCAUAAUUUUUAAUACUUCGUGCUUUCUAAUAUAAAAUUCUACCGUCAUCGAAAUUAUAUUAUAUUUUGUACAGUUUUGUACAGCUAUUGAAUCUAAUUAUUAAGUUUUAAGAUUAUAUUGUAAUUAUUUAUUUUAAAGCUAAAUAAAAGUUAUAAAUAUUUUA